UUCUACUCCUUUAUACCCACACCACUACCUGGCCUCCUCUCCUCCCUCACACUCCCGUUAUUCUCCCUCACCAAACACCUCACCACCUCCUGUAGUCACCUCCGAACUCUCACCAUGGGCAGGAGGCCGUGGCGUUGCUACCGUCAGAUCAAGAACAAGCCGUACCCAAAGUCCCGGUACAACCGUGGCGUCCCGGAUCCGAAGAUCCGCAUCUUCGACGUGGGGCAGAAGCGGCGCGGCGUGGAGGAGUUCCCGCUGUGCGUGCACCUGGUGAGCUGGGAGAAGGAGAACGUCUCCAGCGAGUCGCUGGAGGCGGCCCGGAUCGCGUGCAACAAGUACAUGGCGAAGCACGCGGGGAAGGACGCGUUCCACCUCCGCGUCCGCGCCCACCCCUACCACGUCCUCCGCAUCAACAAGAUGCUCUCCUGCGCCGGCGCCGACCGCCUCCAGACCGGCAUGCGCGGCGCCUUCGGCAAGCCCACGGGGACGUGCGCGCGCGUCGGCAUCGGCCAGGUGCUCCUCUCGGUGAGGUGCCGCGACGCGCACGCGGCCCAGGCGCGCGAGGCGCUGCGCAGGGCCAAGUUCAAGUUCCCCGGACGGCAGAGGAUCAUCACCAGCGGCAAGUGGGGGUUCACCGACUUCUCGCGCGCCGAGUACCUCAAGCUCAAGGGAGAGGGACGCGUCGUCCCCGACGGAUCCAACGCCAAGUUGCUGACUUGGCACGGGUCGCUUGCGGAUCGCAAGCCCAGCAGAGUCGUGUACCCACCCUCCGUUGCAGAGCAUGCCUGAACGAAGGCCGCUACACUUGAGUUCCGCUUCGAUCUGCUUCAUUCAGCCCUCUGAAAGGGCCCACGUACAUUUGUGAUGUAUCAAGAGUUAAUAAUACACGUCUAGGCGUUGCGUAUGUAUACGGACCGCUGUCGACGGUCGUAUGGUGAUUACACGUACAAUGGCAUGUUGUUUAUGCUUAUCUGUACUACUAGCUAGUGCUGUGAGAUGUAGCAACCUAUGCUUUGCCAUCAGUAAAUAAGGAACGUGUAUUCAUUUAGGGUGCACGGCUAGAUUCCAUC